UGAGAUAGAGAAGAAAAAGAAAAGGGUUUUGGUGCCUAGCUAGCUAGCUGACCUCUGCUGCGGCGAUCUCUCCUUUCAAUUCUUCUCUCUUAGGCACUGUUUUCAGUACCUUUAUUUCACCCCCAAUCCCACACCGGCCACCUAAAAUCAUCAGAUCAGAUCAGAUCAGAGAUCCAAGGUGGCCUGGGGUGUAUGUAUAAUAUAUGUAUGUUCUGCUGCUUAAUUAAUUUCUCUCUCUGUCAACCCAAUCCAUCAAUCAAUCAAUCAAUCAUACACAACAUUGAAUUUCAAAAGAACCAAACAUUAUUAUUAUUAUUAUAAUGUCAUUCUCUUCCUCAUCGUCUUCUUCAUUGGACCACCGUUCUCAUCUCCCUCCCUCCUCCGACCAGCUCUGUUAUGUUCAUUGCAACAUCUGCGACACUGUCCUUGCGGUUAGUGUUCCAUGCACGAGUUUGUUCAAGACAGUCACCGUCCGAUGCGGCCAUUGCACCAAUCUCUUGCCUGUCAACAUGCGGGGUUUGAUUCUCCCCUCACCGCCUAAUCAUCACAACCUUCACUUUGCUCACUCUUUCUUCUCUCCUUCCCAUAACACCAUUCUGGAUGAAAUUUCCAACUCCAACCCCAAUUUCUUGAUGAUGAAUGUUCAUCAUCAAGCUGCAGCAGCUUCAUCAGCUGAGUUUGUGUUGCCUCCUCGAGCUGAAGGAUUUGAUGAGCUUCCACGCCCACCACCUCUCAUUAACAGACCUCCCGAAAAGAGACAAAGAGUUCCCUCGGCAUACAAUCGAUUCAUCAAGGAAGAAAUACAACGCAUUAAAGCUGGAAAUCCUGACAUCACUCAUAGAGAGGCCUUCAGUGCUGCUGCUAAAAAUUGGGCCCAUUUUCCGCACAUCCAAUUGGGGAUCAUGCCUGAUCAUCAGGCUACUGUCAAGAAGUCUAAUGUGCGACCACAGGAUGGGGAAGAUGUGCUGAUAAAAGAUGGAUUGUUUGCUUCAGCUGAUGUUGGUAUCAGCCCUUAAGGUAUCUCCCCUUACUAGAAUAGACAUCAACCAGAAUGCUAUCCACAAUCUCUCUCUCUCUCUCUCUCUCUCUCUAACUAGGUAGCCAAGUGUAUGUUUAGUUUCUUAAUGUAAUCUGUAGGCUUAAUUAAAUAGGGUUAAGAUACCCUUUAAUUACUAUCAAUGAAGAACUUCAUAUGUGGAUAUUAAUUAGUUCUUCCUAUA